UACAGCGUGUUUUAUAUGUUCGUUCAUGGGUAUUCUUUCAUUUUUCCUACUGUAUUUCGUAUUUCUGUUCUGAACAGUUCACUUAUUUCUAAAAUUAUUUUGUACACCUGAAAUCUGACAACCUCUACCUCUACAAAAAAAGAAGAAUUUAAUUUAGGUUAUAUUUAUUUUGAAUUUACUUAUGAAUGAUACUUUUUAAUUUGGAGUACCUAAUUUAAUUUUGGAGUUUGUAAAAUGACUAAAACAUCAAGCGAAAAACAUAUAGAAUAUGUACCCUCCAAACUACAUACAAAUAUUUUUCAACUGGAUGUUUUAGAAAGAAAAAUUACAUGCCAGGUAAUUAAAAUGAAGGAUUCUAUUGUUAUAUAUGUAAACGAAAAUGAUACACCAGAGUUUAAUAAUUUAGCAUUAGCCAUGAAGGAUCGCUACAGUAGUGAACCAAUUAGUACUGUUCUAGUGGGUGACUUCAAUGAAGAUUUUUCAAAGAAUACAACUUCUAAGUUAUGUAAAAAGUUGAAUAAGGUAGUUUUUUUAAGUUGGAAUGUAAGGCAAGAUAGAUUGUUAAUGCCACUUUUGGAAAAACAAAUCUAUGAAAAAAUUAAGAGUUCUCCAGAUAUGUUUUAAUGUAAAUGUAAUUUAUUUAAUUUGUAUGAAUAAAAAUUCAGUCGUC